AUGGAAUAUGACCAGGAGAACGAUCUGUCGAAUAUUCCGCAACCCUUGGCUAUGUCUACACCCGAUUCAACACUACCGCGCAAACUCCCGAUUCCCCGAGCCUCGCGCGACCCCGACUCUGCUGUUGCUGUCGGUCAGCGUGUGAAGAGAGCAUGCGCAGCUUGCAAAGAAUCAAAAGCGAAAUGCAGCGGAGCUCAACCGUGCCAUCGCUGCGUCGGCUUGGAUCUGGUCUGUGAAUUUAACGAAGGGAAACGCCAGUUCCAAGCAAGAGUUCUGCGAGAGGCCCAGAGCAAAGUCGAUGCGUACGAACGGCUGUUGGGCCGUCUGAUGAAUACUGUGGAUGACGAUGAUCGAGGUCUUAUCAUGGCAACGCUCGGUGUAAACGACAGGAACGAAAGCCCACCUGCUAUUCCGUCGCCACAUUCAUUCGCCGUCGGCGCGGACUACAUCGAGGAGGACUAUAACCUGAACAGUCGACUGCGGGCUUUUGGCUUCGUUGGAGACAUAUCAGAAGUGUCGUGGAUGAAAAGCUUGAAACAGGCAAUUGAGGCGACGGCCUCUACGCGCUCGCCCAAACAGCCCUGCGUAACGAAGCCCGCCGUCAUGGAUUCAACUUCAGUAAGCUAUUUUCUGGAUGAUCAUGAACUUCUACUGCAAGGGAGUGUAGCCUUGUACGACCGGCCGCCACGAAGCGUUGCCGACAGACUUUUAAGUCUCUACUUCCACGCGGUGCAUCCGUCAUUUCCUAUCGUAGGAAAGAUUCCGUUUCUGAAGCAGUAUGCCCUCUACUACUCUACGCCAGAUAUUCAGCCCCCUAAUCGAUGGCUUGCCAUCCUGAACCUGACUUUCGCGCUUGGUGCCAAAUAUACCGAGAUGACUUCGCAAGCAUCAGCGACCGAUUCAGAAUCUCCAACGGAAUAUUUCUCCCGGGCAUACAGCUUAGGGUUUUCUCACCUGGCGGUUUUGGAUCAUCCCUCUCUUCAGCAGGUGCAAAUCGAGGGCCUUACUGCGUUUUUCCUCAUGACGAUCGGCCAUAUCAACAGGGCGUGGAGGAUAUGUGGACUGGCAAUCCGGUCUGCUCUGGCUAUGGGGCUUAACCGACGCAACGAGAGCCGCGAGACAACAAACGCGUCCAAGGAACUGCGCUACCGUGUUUGGUGGUCCGUAUAUACGGUCGAAAACACACUGUCGAUCAUGACCGGUCGUCCGGCAUGUGUCGCAGAGGAUUUCUGCACCACCCCAUUCCCCAUACCCUACGAUGAGGACCAGUUUCAGGGCCCGAUAGCCUCCCGUCUGCUGUCCCACUUCCGGUUCCGACAGGGCUUUAUGCACGACUUCGCUGCUAGAAAGCUGAGGGUAAGUCCCCUUCAGGUGUCUCCAGGACAGGGUUUCUCGUCCACUGACCAGGCUCCGCACACUACUAUCCUUCAUGUCCCGCCAAGCCAUUCCUUAUAUUUCUUUUACUUCGUGGAUAUCACGCAAGUCAUGCGACGAGCGACUGACCUGCUCUACGCCCAAAGAUCUCUCAAGCGUCCGUGGUUUCGAGUGCAGGAAGCGAUCACUGGGUUCGCUACUGAAGCCGAUGCAUGGUACCGAUGUCUUCCAGAUGACUUCAAGUUCAAAGCCGCGAGUUCUUCUAGGUUAUUUGAGCGGCAGAGAUGGAGCCUGGCCUUUCGAUUCUACAGCGUGCAGAUCACGAUCAGCCGGCCGUCGCUCUGUCGUUUCGACCGGCAACAGGCCUAUAACGGAUCGGCAUGGCCAGAUCAGACUAACGGUAUGAACAUAUGCGUCGCGGCCGCAUGCGACAUGCUAGCCCUAUUAGCGGACAUCCCAGAUGUUCUCUGGCUGAAUCGAGUAUCGCCGUGGUGGUGUGUCUUGCAUUAUCUUAUGCAAUCAAUUACAGUGUUAUUGAUUGAACUGGAUUCGUGUCUCCGAUUCGGACCACAACCAAUCGCCGUCCUUACCAGCUCUCUGAAUAAGGGAAUGUCCUGGCUCCGUGCUAUGGCUCAAGACGACACGGCGGCUCAAAGAGCCUGGAAUGUUUGCCACGAGCUCUAUUGCUCGAUUUCAGAGACUCGCGCUGGCCAGCUGGACUCGUCGCUUCGGGACCUAUCUGGAAUGUCUCCCGCAGAGAAGAACGGAGUGUCCUCGCAGGGUUUGGUAGUAGAUGCUUCUCUACCGGAUAAUGCCAUUGUUCAUCCUGAUCUGCGCACCAUGUACGAUGAGUUCAUCCCCCAUUAUUUGGAGCAACGGUUCGAUCAGCCAUGA